AAGACGUUGAAAUAUAUAUUGAAUUGAGCGAUUUUGAUGUUCUGUCUGAAAUGGCAGGCAAAAUUAAAGUUGCAGAUUACUGUAGCAAUAAAACAUACUCUGUUUGUAAGAGUGCCGCUGAUAGCAGCAGAGUGGAGAAAGAUGGAGAAAGCGACGGUCCAGCGGUGUUUAUGUGCGGCAAAUGCAAGCUGCCCGUCGGUAACAGUUUGUCCUGGGCAGGCAGUGACGACCAGCAGAACCAAAUCAUGCUCAAACGGAUAUCUGACAAUGUUGUCAUAGGUAAAGAGCCCUUAGUUUCUGGUAACCGAAAGGAGCUUGGAUGUCUUGUUGGUAAUCUGACCUGCCGUGGCUGUUGCUCAGAAUUAGGAAACAUGUACAUAUCAACCCCAAAAAAUCUUUAUUACAAGAAAUCUCUUUUCUGCUUUAAUGUUGAAAAUAUUGAAAGUUAUGUAGUCGGCAGUCCAGGCCAGCGGGUGCCAGAUUUUGACAGAGAAGACAGACCAGUGACCCUGGAGUGCCAGGACAUUGUGGAACAGCAGUUGACAGAGUUCCUGUCUAAUGUGCCUAGCAACACUUUCCAUCAGGAGGCGGGAAAAGACUAGUACAGACUCUGAAGGCGCGCACCCCCAACCCUCAAAGCUGGGGUAGCAUAACAACAGCGGCUGAUAGAAUCCGUGCACCUCGGACCAACCAGAGAGCUGUAUCUAAGGACCAUGCUGCCAUGGAAACAAAGCACCACAUGCUGUCGCUAGAGCCUGUUGCCAUCGCAUCCGUUGUUUCCUUAUUUGCCGGCCAGCGAGUCAGCCAACCAGCUUGCGAGGGGGGGGUCUGUCAGUCUGAUGACGUUGCGCUUCAGUCGUUCGCAGGGGCGUGGUCUCCACCUCACCAGCAGAGAGUUCUUCAUUCUUGUGCCUUUGAACUCCUCCUAGGUUCUGCCUGUAAACCCAGAAGAGUUAAAAAUAGGGACAAGAGGUAAAACUUGUGUAUAGCACAUGGUAUUAUAGCAUCAUGUUUACUGUUUGUGUCCAGUAGAGGGAAACAUCACUUCAUCACUCAAAAGGCCAAUAAUAUAUAGUUGUACUAGUUGUUGAGGAGUCAUCUCAGUAAAGGCCGGUUUACACCAAUAACA